GAGGAUAUGGAGGUUGGAAACCACAGCACUGUGACAGAAUUCAUCAUUGUGGGACUAACACGGGAUCCUACACUCUGUGUCGUCUUGUUUGUGAUGUUUCUAGGUGUAUAUGCUGCCACUUUAGUAGGUAAUGUCAGCAUAAUCACUUUAAUAAGAACCUGUUCCCACCUUCACACCCCCAUGUACCUCUUCCUCAGCCACCUGGCUUUUGUGGACAUCGGACUUUCCACAUCAGUCACACCUACAAUGCUUGUGGGAUUCCUUGGUCAUGGAACAGCCCUUCCUGUCGCUGGCUGUGAGGCCCAGCUCUAUGCAAUGGUAAUGUCUGGAACAGCUGAGUGCUUCCUGCUGGCUGCCAUGGCCUAUGAUCGCUACGUGGCCAUCUGUUACCCCCUGCUCUACUCCACCCGCAUGGCCCAUGGAGUCUGUAGCCUUUUAGUGGGAGCUUCCUACCUGGGUGGCUUCGUGAAUGCUUCAACAUUUAUUAGUUCUUUAUUGAAUAUAUACUUCUGUGGACCAAAUCAGAUAGAUCACUUUUUUUGUGAUUUCUCCCCUUUGCUGAAACUUUCCUGCUCUGAUAUCACCAUCAUUGGAAGUCUCCCUUCCAUCUCUUCUGGCUCCAUCAUUGUGGUCACAGUGUCUGUCAUAGCUGUCUCCUACACUUACAUUCUCAUCACCAUCUUGAAGAUGCGCUCCACUGAGGGACGCCAUAAGGCCUUCUCCACCUGCACAUCUCAUCUCUCUGCAGUCACUCUGUACUAUGGAACAAUUACCUUCAUUUAUGUGAUGCCCAAAUCAAACUACUCAAAUGACCAAAACAAGGUGGUGUCUGUGUUCUACACCGUAGUGAUCCCCAUGUUGAACCCCCUCAUUUACAGUCUCAGGAACAAAGACGUAAAGGAGGCCUUGCGAAAAACAUUGUCAAAAUAUGUAUCUUAG